CGGGCAGCCCCGGGCGGCGGGGGCGGAAGUACGUCACGGCUGCUUCCGGUGUGCGGGGCGCUCCAAGAUGGCGGCGCUGGCGUUGAGAUGUGUUGGUCGGCGGUGCCUGCUGGCUCGGCUUGGCCCCAGCCUUUCUGUGCGACAUGUUGUCCCGAUGGGAACGACAGCCAAGGAGGAGAUGGCCCGCUUCUGGGAGAAGAACACCAAGUCCAAUCGUCCCUUGUCCCCUCACAUCACCAUUUACAAGUGGUCCCUGCCCAUGGCGAUGUCCAUCACACACCGGGGCACCGGCGUUGCUCUGAGCUUAGGAGUCUCCCUCUUCAGUCUGGCUGCCCUGCUGCUCCCAGAACAGUUUCCCCACUACCUGGCCAUGGUGAAGUCGCUGAGCCUGGGGCCCACUCUCAUCUACUCUGCUAAGUUCGCUCUGGCUUUCCCCUUCUCCUACCACACCUGGAAUGGAGUCCGACACCUUGCAUGGGACAUGGGGAAGGGGUUCAAGAUCCCCCAGGUCAACCAGUCUGGGGUGCUGGUCCUGAUCUUGACCCUGCUUUCCUCCGCGGGCCUCGCAGCGAUGUGAAGCAGAAGGCAUUGCAGCCCUGAGGGGAUGUGGAACCUCAGAGAUGAGAAAUCACGAAGGAGGAAAAACUGUCUGCUGUCAGUGUGGCAGAGGGAGAAGACUUGCUGCUGAAUCCUGUUUGGUGCAGCCGCACGUCCCAGCAGGAGAGAGCUUCUCCUGGGUGAAAAUGAAUGUAUUUUAGCUUUAAACCAAUUACUUCCUGCA